CGUCAUGAUAUGAUUAAGUCAAGUUGCCAUUUGCAACUAAUUUUACCAUGGGAUAUUUAAAUUGCUCUCUCCUCUCCCUUACAACUCAAAGUUUCGAAGUUAAAGUCACUUAAAGGAUUCGAUUAACAUUACCAAUUUCAACUGCGUUUAAAAAUUUUAUUUAUGCACGUAUUCAUAUCUAUGAAAUGGACAUAAACUAUGAUAUAAUUUAUAGAAUGUUAUUAACAGCAAACGUAGUCACCUCAACAGAAUAGGCGCAAUUUUAAGUUUGGUACCAGUAUUAGAAGCACUUUAUAUUAUUGUAAUAAACUCCCUAUGAGAAGUUCUCUGUUAAUUCUACACGAUCAACUUCCCGCCCUUAAUGAUAAAUCAAGACGUGUAGUAGAAGAUGUUUUAUUCGACUCUAUAUCAAACUUUACUUCUGAGCAAGAUGGACUGACAAAUACCAAAGAAGAUCCAGAAUUAAGUGCGGAUCUCUACAGCCAUCUCGCAAAAUAUUAUGAUAAGGUUGGUGAAAAACAUGCUAUGGAUCUUUCACAAGCUCGUAAAAAAUGGUACGAACUUAGAAAUUUAGCCGCUCCUGUAUAUAGAGGCGCAAUCGUAGAAAUCGACCAGCAAUUAUCAACUUUUCUUGGAAAUCAAACCAAGAAAAGAUUAUCAAUUGAAAAAUCCUUACCUCCCGCUACUAGAGGAAGAUCUUUAACUCCCAUAGUAGAAAUUCGUCCUGUGGAAAUCCGCGAUAAUCUAAAAUCUUCGGAUCCUGACAGUCCAGACGGGUUUACUAUUAUUCCGAGAGAAAAUGAAAAUAAUUGGCACAGUUAAUACAAAAGAAUUCUCAACUUUUAAUAAGUUGCUACUGGUGGGCUAUUCCAUUUAGUCCUAAUGCAUGAAUGUCUUCUCCAACUUCUCAUGAAGAUCUCAUUAAUCUAGA